AUGAGCAAUAACGACAACACCUUUCUCCGCCUUCCGGCGUCAAUCCGAAAGCGAAUUUACGUAUUCGCCGGAUUGAUCACAGACAGCUACAUCCAGUAUCCAUCGGUUGCCAAGCCUUACAUGAAAGAUUACGGGAUAUCAGAAGUCGACCGCAAACUUUCCCACAAUCUCCUGAAAGUUUGCCAACAAGUGCAUGAUGAAGCAAAAGCCAUUUUGCUCAAGCGCAAUACCUGUAUCUACUCUCCAAAGUUCUACGAUAACUACAAAGAUUUGGUAUCUCUCAAUCAACUCGGACCUAGCUGGUUCUUCUUACUAAGGAAUGUCUACGUGCACGUUGCGGACGUUCUCAAGCCAUUCAUCGAUGUUAAGGGAAGGCUUCUUGAGCUUGAACUUCGUCUCCAUCCAUCCUUCGCGGACCAAGCUCGCCAAAUCGUCCUUCAGGUCCAGGCCCCAGACCCGGUCUUGAUGCCUUUCCGUUUUGUUGAACUUCCCGCAGAGGUUCGACACCGCGUUCUCCAAUACACCGAUAUCGUUACUCCCUCCCGCACGGUCCAUUGGGAUCCUCGAAACGGGUUCAUGGCUAAUGUCUGUCGCUGGGUGGAUGGUGACGAUGUCUUGGGAAACAGAUAUGACUAUGCAUCACACGGGCCUCACACAUGCGAAGGUGAUCCGGGCACAACGGGAGACUUUUGCAUGUGGACUCAACCCGGGUCAUAUUCCUCUCGCUGCAACCGCACACAUCGCCAGUCUCCUUUACCCCUGCUCCUUACAUGCCGGACUAUGUACAAUGAUGCCACUUAUUCAUUCUACACCAACAACCGCAUUGUGAUCUUACCAUGUACAAAUCCCACGGAUUGCAUGAUCGGUACAGCACCAGCAGGCUAUCUGGAACAUCUCUACCUUGCAGAUGCUGCUGGCAACUUCCCUCGCGGGAUAUUUAGUUCCAAACAGCUCGUAGUACACGAGGCAACCAAAAUUUUCGUGGAGCGGGUUGGACGAAACAAGCUACGACUAAUUCGAACACUUGAAAUCGUUUUCCCGGUUGUAGGGAUGCAGAGUGACUCUGUCCUCGACACUCCGGCCUACAAAGAAUGGCUAGUCGCUGCAGGUUAUCUGAAAACACUGACGAACGCUCAGGGCUUAACUCUUAUCAUCCAUAUCAUGAAACCACGGCAUGCUGACUACCCAAGGUUUGAGGGUGCGGCGGAGAUCUUCGAAACAGCAGCGCGGCAGCUUCUGAUGCCACUACGGGGACCACCAAGAUUGCAAUUCAAGAGACUAUUCGUCCACUUGGAAAGCACAAGUCAUUGGGCCCCUUCGAAGCUGCUUCCAGGCAUGAGAACAGACAGAUUAUCGGGUGGCAGAUCACGUUAUCUGCCCUUGUCGAACGACAAACUGGCAGAGAUGGAAGUUGCCCUAAAAAAGCUGGUUAUGGGCGAGCAAUAUGACAGCUAUGCAGUGGGCAAAGGAGAGGAGCUCCCAAGCGCUUGGCUCCUAGAUGAAUGGGAGCGUUGCCGCGAAUACUGGUAG